AUGCGCGCCGCCGGCGCCGGGAUCGGGGCGUUCUAUACUCCCGCCAGCGUGGGCACGGAGCUGGCCGAAGGCAAGGAACAUCGCGAGAUCAACGGCCGCACCUACGUGUUGGAAUACCCACUGCCCGCGGAUUUCGCACUGAUACGGGCCUGGCGCGCCGACACCUUUGGUAACCUGCAGUUCCGCCUGACACAACGCAACUUCAACCCCGUAAUGGCCAUGGCCGCGGACAUCACCGUGGUGGAGGUCGAAGACAGCAUCGUGGAGCCGGGCGACAUCGACCCCGACUGCGUCCACGUACCCGGCGUUUACGUUGACCGUCUGAUCAAAAUCCCGCCGGACGCGAAGCAUUGGGCCAGGCGCCGCAACGACAAACGAAGGAGUAGAGCUAUGACUACGGAAGACAAACCCCGCCUGUCCCGGCAGACGAUGUGCGAUCGCCUGGCGAUGGAGUUUCAAGACGGCUGGAUCGUCAACCUGGGCGUGGGAAUGCCAACGCUGUGCUCCAACUACCUGGAAUGUGAGCCCGACAAAGAAAUCAUCUUUCACUCGGAGAACGGCGUAAUCGGAUUCGGACCCCUGGCGGCGCCGGGUGAAGAGGACAAGCAUCUGGUGAACGCGGGCGGUCAGAACGUGGUUGCCCUGCCGGGCAUGGCCAUUGUGCACCAUGCCGACUCUUUCGGCCUGAUCCGCAAGGGUAUGGUGGACGUAACCGUGAUGGGAGCCUAUGAGGUUUCGGAGAACGGCGACUUCGCCAACUGGCGCAUACCCGUCCGCAAGGGUGGAGGAAUCGGCGGCGCGAUGGAUCUGGCGGCGUGCGCCAAGCGCGUGUUCAUUGCCAUGGAGCACAAUCAGCGCAACGGCGCUCCCCGAGUGUUGAAGCAAUGCACCCUGCCGAUCACCGCCCCCGGAGCCGUCACGCUGUUGGCCACCGACCUGGGUUUGUUUGAGGUUACGUCGGGCGGAUUCGUCCUGAAGGAACAUGCCCCCGGCUGGUCGCCCGAGGACAUUCAGGAGCACACUGAAGCCGGGUUGAUCGUCGCCGAUGACCUGAAAGAGAUCCGGGUGCGCGCCGUCUGA